AUGAGCCCUUUGGGGUUCCAAGAGUUUUAUGCAGCUGGACCUCUCCAUAGGGGUGAGGCGCCACCCACUUUCUUCCCUGAUUUUCAAAACAGAGCUUACAGAGGAAAAGAGAAUGGGUGGAGUCUUUUGUCCAAUGGGUAUUGUUCCUACAUAUGUGGAUUUCCUUUGGUCCCUGCCAUUGCUCCUAGUCGACCAUCUUGGAGUCCUAACAAAGGAUACAAUGCUAGAUUUUUACAAGGCAUUGGGCUAGGCUUUGCGUACAGUACUGGGUUAUUGGUGUACUAUUUCCAGCAUCCAAUGGGUUUUUGUCAAGCUGCGGGAAAUAGCUUAUUUGUUUUAUUUUGGGCAUUUUACUGA